UUAUCACACAAAACACGGUGGUAGACUCAUGCCUGUUCGAUGUGCGCCAGUCGUGAUGUGCAGGAAGUUGUUUUGAUGUUUUUUCUUACAUUCAGCCAUUUUGAUUACAAGUGGACCAGCCACCUUGCGAUAAAUAUACGACGUGUUAGCUCAGCCGAAGUAGGACAUUCCACGAAGGGUUUCACGAACUGAGUCGACACUAAACAGUGCUGCAUAAACGACAAAAAUGGCAGUAUUUGGAUCAUGGUUUGGACGUGAAGUAGAUCAGGAUCAUGUUGACUCCAUCAACGGCUUCUGGACAGUCCUUCUAUUGGCCGUGUGUUCUGUCGGAUCAUUCGCCUUACGUUACAUCACUACACCCAUUAGUUGUUGGUGCCCAGCUCAAUUCACAAGCUCUAUGAUCUCGUACACACAGGAAUCAUGUUUUCUGAAGGUCAUGUAUCAUAACGAAUCAAUAUCUGAUAAUUAUGAUGAUGAAACAAAACCUCCCUCUGUCCCCUCCUUCCACCUCUGGAUACCCCUCAUACUCUUCUUCCAAGCCCUCGCCUUCAAAGUACCAAACAUCAUCUGGAACAGCUGCAAGCACUUGCUCACUCUUAAUAUGGAGGAAACUGUCGAGUCCCUGAAAAGUGUACAACUGACCAGUCCGGAGAAUCGCCAGGCCAGUUUCAGUGAUGCAGCCCGAUUAUUUGGAAGUCUACUGAGAAGAAACCGAUUCUUUCUGGCUCUGUUGUACCUAUUUGUGAAGCUCCUCUCGUGUAUCAAUCUCAUGGUGCAGUUUAUGUUCCUGACGACUUACUUUAGACCAUACCUAGCAAUCAGGGUUGGGUCAUAUGCUGAUUUUGAUACUGACUCCAUCAUAAAACCAUUUCUAGUAAAAGACAUUUAUUGCCAUUUUCAAAUUCACUUCAUGCAGAAUACCCAGAGAUUUACAGUUCCGUGUACUCUGCAAAUCACCGAAAUCUAUGAGAAGAUGUUCAUAUUCCUGUGGUACUGGGUCUUCCUUCUGGCUAUCAUCUCAAUCCUAAAUCUUGUCCUGUGGGCAGGAUUUCUCUUCCUACCGUUCCUAAGAGAUGGCAGGAUAGCUGCCCACGUCAACGCUUCCAAAGGAGCUCGCCCUAACGAACCCGCUGUUACACAAUUCAUCGGCAGUUUCCUCGGAAUCGAUGGGGUGUUUAUCUUGUCCAUGAUCUCCCGGAAUUCCAGCGAAUUAGUUGCAGCAGAUCUUACCCAACAUUUGUACCAGGUGUUUCAGGAGAAGGAACGGGAAUUGCAAAACCAGCGCAACCUCUACACAGGAGAAACGGAAGGUGGCGCUGUUGUAACCGGAGCAACAGGAACCAUAGCAGCUUUACCAAUGAGGACGCUACCACCUUGUGCUGAAAACCCGGAGAAAGCGCCUACUAUGUGAGAGUAGUACUUAUGUAUCAUGCAUUGAACUCGAAACAAUCGUGCAUUAGUGAAUAUCUAAUUCGUGUUUCGGUAUUUCUCGUGGCUAUUCAACAUAGUUGGUGACCUAGAUUUUUUUUUUACUCCAAGAAUUCACAUGAUUACCGCGUCAUGUUAUAUAUGCAUCUCCUUAUACAGAUAUGUAUAUGUGUCCUUAUAUUCACUAUUUAUUAGUUUAGAUGCUGAAUUACAAGUACCAGACUCUGGUGUGCAGUUUGCCGUUACCUCUUUGUUUCGACGUUGUGUUUUAUAUUUCUGCUCCUUACCAAUGUUUUGUUUGCAUGGCCUGACAGGCUCAAACUGAUAUGAAGACAAUCAGGUAGCUUGCAAAUUGGAGCGAUUUCGCUUUUACCAUCUGACAUUUACUGGUCGGUGCUCAUUUUGCACAGGCCUUAAUUACAUCUAGAAUUGCUUUGACGACCUUCUCAAUAACCUUGAACCCCAUUCACCUCACUUAACCUAGCCAAUUCCAAGCCAGGCCCUGAAACUUGUCUCGUACGUGAACAGUCAUUUUUUAAGUUUAUUCCUGUAACUUCAGCUCCGCUUUCCAUGUAUAUUUUUAUCCAAUGUCAGUAACGUAUUGAAUAAUAAACACAUACAUGUAAAUACAAACCAUGUUAUGACAGUUCUUAGUGGAAAAGGCAGACCUAGUUGGUUCGUUAGUCGUUAAUUUAUGUGGAUGGCGCUGUGUUGUGCACAAGCUUGUUGUGCAGUGUUUGACUUCACAGAACUGACGAGAAAAACACUGAUGCAUCGAAGUUGUACGUUAUGAAGACAAUCUUGAAGAAAACCUGUUGUAAGCAUGUGUGUCCAUAUGCUGCGUGCGAAACGCCAAAGUAGGCACACAAUCGUAUCACGUGAUCAUGCAUGUAGGGUAAUGUGUGGUAUCGCCUGGUCCUUCUUAUGCAGACUUCAGCGUUGGUAUGCAAAUCAAGUGCCACCAAAUAGGACGACUCACUCUCAAGCAAUAUGUCAAGCAUUAAAACUGCAAUUUUUGUAAUUUAAUGUUAUAAAUUGAAUGUGAUAAAAAAUGUUUUUCACUGUGGAUUCAAAACGACAACAAUUAUAUGAAUGGAUCACUGAAAAUCAGUGAUGAAACCAAAAUUUCGCGAAAUUACAUCUAUUUAUAUGAAAUGUAAGAAGAGGUUACCACACAUACAAUUGUAAUUGUUGUAUAUAGUACUUUUGCUCUGUUGGAAAUGUAUUUGCUCAGGGCCCCACUCCAUAUUCAAACUAAUACUGGUGUCUCAUUGCUGGAGAUAUUGCCGAGUGUAAGUCUUUAAACAUGUAUCAUUUGUCUCAGCAAUGGGCUAAGGGGAACAACUAUGUCAUUCUUCCAGGUUCGAGCAACUUAGCGACACCUUAUUCCCAAAUGCGUUUACCUCAUUGGCUUAGUCAGCCAUACAAAGAUACUGACUUUACGCGUAGUACUAGAUCUUGUAGAUAUUGAAGCUUGUGGAAUCAAAAUAUAAACUACCUCCGUGGUUGUUGUACACGUUGUUAGUUAACCACUCUAUAUCAUAAGGUGUAUCAAUUUAACUUUCCUUAUAGCUAAAAUGGAUAGAAUUAUCAUAAAAACGCACGCACGUUAUCAGAAAUAAGCGGGCCACUGUAACUUGAUAAUGCCCUCAUAUUGCUUGACGACGGGCCAUUAUCAAGCCCGUUGUUCGGUGACGUCAUAGGGUAGAGAAAAUGACGUCACGUAUUAUAGUGACGUCAUCUAGUUUGUUCCAUGACGUUUCUAUAUUUGUAAAAUGUGGUCAGUGACAUUCGUGUUGAUUGCAGUAAAUGUUUCAAAACCGA